UCGCCCCGAGGGCCGCACCAGCCACUACAGCAGCGGCUCGGCUCCACACACGCAGCGGCACGGCGGGCAACGCCGGCCACGCUCUCGCGGGUGCCCGUCCCUUCCGCCAUCCCGGAAGUCUCCACACAGCGCCGCGCGGGAAGCCCGCCAUGCAGCGCGAGGCGGCGGCGGGCGGCACGGCCGAGCUGCUGGCGGCGGCGCACGCGCAGUUCGCGGCGCGGCAGUUCGCGGCGGCGGAGGAGCUCUACAGCCGCUUCAUCGCGGGGGGCGCGAGAGCCGGCCACGAUCUCGCCAUCGCCCUCAACAACCGCGGGCAGAUCAAAUACCUCCGCGUGGACUUUGACGCCGCCGUGGAGGACUACACGGCCGCCAUCGAGAGCCAGCCCGCCUUCGAGGUGCCCUACUACAACAGGGGCCUGGUGCUCUACCGGCUGGGAUGCUUUGAUGAGGCCAUGAAAGAUUUCAGGAAAGUUUUAGAGUUGAACCCUCAGUUUGAAGAUGCUGCGUUAAGUCUAAAACAGGCUAUCCUUGACAAAGAAGAAAAACAAAAGCGAGGUUAUUGAAAACGCAGCGAAUGGUGUGAACAUGUUUUACUGAACACUUACGAGAUUUUUGUCAUUGACGGAUGAAACACAAGAUCAUUUAUUUACAUUUGCUAUGCUCUACUGGAGAAACGUCAUUCUUGGAUUUUCACUUUACGUUCGCAUGGAGGAAUUGGCAGUCACUUCAAGAAGCAGCCAUAAUCAGGAUUGGAAUAAAUUUAGUUAUCUGCAAAUCCAUAUUUCAGCAGCUGGAAGAAUAAUUUUCGUGAUCUGCAAGUCCAUAUUUCGACAGCUGGAAGAAGCAAGAAGUGUUAUUUUGAAGCUUUGGGUUAUUUUCUAUUGAAUCUUGAUGACUGCUGAAGACAGUCCAGUUGAAAACCUGCUGAAAUAGCAUCUUCCAGGUUUCCAAAACUGCUUUCUACAGCCUGACUCCAGCAUACUCUGCUCCACUGCUGGCACCUUCUCUACAGCCGUACCACCUGUGUUUCACUUGGCAGAGAUGGGAGCUGUGCCCCGAGCAUUACUCAUGAGAUUAACAGGAAGAAGCAGGCUAGAAGCUGUUAGAAAAGGCUCCUUCAUACCUCUGGCAGUGCCGACAUCCAUGCUACGGUGUAGUCAUUUGAAACUGCGGGGACAUCAGUCUUCACUGACACCUGGGAACACAGAGAUGUGAAAAGUCUCGUCAGAGAGAAACAUGAAAGCCAAAUGUCAGUCCUUCCUCAUCGGAGUAUCCUUCUACCUUUCCUCUGGCAAGCCAAGUGUAAGGGGCCAGGGGACUGUGGCUGUAGAUACAAACUUUGCUCAUCAGUAGGGUGUUGGCCAGACUGAAGUGUGAGAGGCUGGGUGUCAGUAGGUUCUUUUGGGGUAAGUGAGCAGCUAAUUACGACAUAGAUGGCAGCAGCAUCCAGAUCACACGCAACGUGAUCGUGUAGGUGAUUCCCCACCUGUCACCGUGCUCUGGGCAGCCCCUUGUGACUCACCGUUGAUUUCCAGCUGGAAGAACUUCCCCUGGAGCAAGAGUUUAUUCAGUUUCAUCCAGAAAAUCCUGGAGUGGCAACUGCUCUGUACCAAACCUGGUGAGAGCACAAGGAGAGCAGAUAAGCCAUCGGUACUGGAGGACAAGAGGCACGACUUACUACGAGUGAAAUAACCAUCCUUGCUUCUCCCACUACCCUUUCACCAACCUGGGGGAACUAUCUUCCUCUCUUGUCCCACACAGAACAGCAAGAAAAGCAUCCAGAUUCUGCAGUAUAAACAUAUGUACAAACGAUGGGGUGAGCAAUGAAAAAAAACAAGAUCAAGAUGGAAAAUGAAAGAAGCAGCAACCAAAGCCUCAGUACCUGCAUAGCAAGUAACCCACAGCUUCCAUCAGUCCACAGAGACCUGCGCGUGGGCAGCAAAGUCCUCCUGACUGUAAAGGAAACUAACCCAGCUGUGGAGCUCAGUCAGACUCACGGGGAAAGGAUAAUAAACAGCUGCUGUGUUUCGACACUGGGAUGAUGGCGUUCUGUGGUGGAUAAGAUGAUUCAUGUCUUGGGUUCUUUCGAGUGAAAGAACCAAUGGGGUCGGUGUUCCCAGGAUGGAGAGACUUGGAUGGGGUGCCAGAACUCAGCAGCCACACGUGGAACUGAAUGCAGACUCUCCCCCUUUGGUGGUCUGUGAGCCCCACAUCCCCAGCAGCUGACUGCCUGGCAGAGAAAUGCACCUCUCUUUGUUCAGUUCCUAUUUCUUCUACCAUGCUUCAGAUCUCUUCUGACCGAAACCUAUGUUUGAUGUGAUAUGCUUGGACUGACAAACAAAACCACAGGGUCUAAACUGACUGCACACUUCAUACCUCUCCUUAGAAGAAGCGCUGUCCAGAAGCUUUCCAACUUGUGAUCUGUUUUAAAAUGCAAGUUCCAGAGCAGAACUCAAUUCAUAGGGUUCUCACCAAACUGUGUGGAAGUGUGUUUUCAGGUUGGCUCCUAAUGAACAAGGAGGUCACAUUCUAACUCAUUUCGGAGAUGGAAGGAGUAGGUGUCCUCAUCCUCCAGGGCCUGCAUUGUUGCACCAUUCCAUUUCUUCAUAAUGAUGUUUGGGUCCAACCUGGAGCUGUGGUUUCACAAGCAAGUGAUGCUGAUCAGAGUGUGAGCUCUGAAAGAUGUGCCCUCCCUCCCUGCAUCCUUUUUCCCAGAGUAGUGACUACAUCACCCCAGGAUGAGCCACUGCAAGAGCUGUUCUGGAAGAAGUACAGCUGUACUCUUAGCUCCCAAAAGCGCUCACAACCAGCAAACUAUGAUGGGCAUCCACUCUUUUUUUUUUUUUUUUCAUGUAUGCACAUAAUAUCAUAAGAACAACUUACAUAGACAGUGUUUGGUUGGAGGAAUUUUUUUAUUUGGGCACUGAGAGUGAAGAUCAAGCAUGGAAACUCAGACACAAACAUUUUGUUUCUGAGAUCUUUAUCUUUAGCAACAUUAUCAACCACAGAAAUGCCAACAGGAUUGCAUAGUGAAUUCUCCACUAAUUUACUCCAGCGUAAAUCCAGACGAAAGUUUCUGAGGGCAGAAGAGCUGUUCUACCUCUGCAGUGGUGGGUUAGAACUUAUGUGAUGGAUCUCAUGUAUGCUUGUGGCAGACCCGUUGAGUUUGUUGAAGCAGCAGAGAAGAGAGAAAGAAAUGAGGCUCUGUCAAACACCUACGAGAUGUAAUUGGACAUGACAGCCCGCGUCAGAGUUCAGCAAUGAAAACUGAAAUUCUUUAAUUGGGAAGACGACUUCAAGGACAUGGCCUGACAGAAAAACUCCUUCAAAAGAAGUGGAUGUCCGGUGAUGUAGAGACUAAAGAUGACACCAAGCUGAGCGAUACUGUUGACACACUGGAAGGAAGGGAUGCCAUCCAGAAGGACCUUGACAGACUCGAUAGGUGGGCCCGUGUCAACCUUAUGAAGUUCAACAAGGCCAAGUGAUGGAUCCUGUGCCUGGGUUGAGGCAAUCCCAAGCAAAAAUACAAGCUGGGCAAUGAAUGGAUUGAGAGCAGCUCUCUGGGGAGGGACUUGGGAGUGCUGGUGGAUGAGAAGCUUGACGUGAGUCGGCAAUGUAUGCUUGCAGCCCGGAAAGCCAGCUGUAUCCUGGAUUGCAUCAAGAGAAUUGGUAGCUAGCAGAUUGAGGGAUGUGAUUCUCCCUUUCUACUCUGCUCUUGUGAGACCCUACCUGGUAUAUUGUGUUGAGCUCUGGGGCCACCAGCAUAAGAAGGACAUGGAGUUGUUAGUGAGUCCAGAUUAUCAGAGAUGAUCAGAGGCUGGAGCACCUCUCUUGUGAAGGCAGGCUGAGAAAGUUGGCGUUGUUCAGUCUGGAGAAGAGAAGGCUCCAGGGAAAUGUUAUAGCAGUCUUCUAGUGCAUAAUGGAGCAUAUGGGAAAGAUGGGGAGGGACACUUUAUCAGAGAAUGCAGCAACAGGAUAAGAUGUAAUGGUUUUAAAGUAAAAUGGGGUAGAUUUUGGUUAGACAUUAGGAAGAAAUUCCUUACCCCAAAGAUGGUGAGGCACUGGAACUGCUUACCCAGAGAAGUUGUGGGGGCCUCAUCCCUGAAAGAGUUCAAGCCCAGGCUGGAUGGAGCUUUGGGCAAUCUGGUCUAGAGGAAGGUGUCCCUGCCCAUGGCAGGAGGAUUGGAACUAGAUGAUCUUUAAAGGUCUCUCCAAAUCAUUCUAUGAUUCUGUGUGCACUCUUUGAUCUCUUUUUCAUCAAAUAGUAGUGACAGCCCAGCCUCACCUUACAGAAGGGAAGUGCCCAUCAUAGAAUGUGAAGUGCUCAGAUGCUGCAGGAGUAGGAGCAUUGAGCCACAUAGAAAUAUGGGUUUUAAAAGCCCCCACCCGCCUCUCAGUGUAAGCUAAUAGGAAAGCUCUCACCAGAAGGCUGCUUUUUUUGAUAGAUGAAGGACUCCAGAGAGAAAUCUGAGAUAUACAUUAGGCUCUCACACAAAUCUAGGGAGUCAUUUUAGUUGGAGCAACACUGAAGAUUAAAUAUUAUAGUUCACUGAAGGGGCUCAGAGUGGCAGUGAAAAAAGCCAGAAUACAGUUAGCUAAAUUCUCACAGCAAAAUACGGAGCACAGUGUUUAAUUAACCUCUUUCUCUGAUUUCUCAAGAAAAGCCACGUUUGCUUCACCAGUUUUUGGGGAGUCUGCAGGACAGUUGUUGCUUCUUUCAGAGUGAAGUGCACUGAGACAACAGAGAUGUCUUUUUUUUAAAGGGCAUUGAUGACUAGUGCCCCUUCCCUUAAUACCACUCCGCAGCCAGGACUUCUGCAGUCUGAGCAAGGCUUUUGCCCUUGAUGCCUCCCUCAGAUGCAUGGUCAAUGUGAAGUUAUUUACAAGUGGAUCAUUUGGCUCAGAUAUUUUUUAUAAAAACACUUGAAGCAAUGAGCUACACUGGCAGAAUGCCUUGAGCAGAAGGUGUUAAUUGAUGAAAAUACAUCAACUUUUUUCCAAGGAAAAUCUUCAUUCUGUUGGCACAAAGAUGGGUUAUUGUCCACUUGAAAACAUUGUUCAGGUGCCAUGUGGGAUUGAACACACCUCCAUUCUCUGACCUGCCUUGUAAGUCAUCUGCAGUGUGUUGUGGGGGUCUGAUGGUAGCAGAUUUUGGGGGCGACAGUGAAUCAUCAAGUAGUUUGGCUGGCAGAGAGCAGCAAUGUUCAGGAGGCACCUGAAGCCUUCCUAUCUGAAAAUUAACAUUUGUUAGCUGUGGCCUCUGUUUUUUUUUUUUUGUUGUUGUGUUUUCCUUUUUUUUUGUCCUCAUCAACUUUCAGCAAUUUCUCAUCUGUCUUAUUUUGGUGUCAUUUUGGUAUAAAAUAUUUGUGCUUUUGUUUCCAAAUCCAUUCAAAGGCCAUUUAGAAAAAUACAGUUUACUGAUUAAAAAAAAUAAUAAUAAUCUGGAAUGUUUUUACUAUUGACCUGACAACCUUUUCCUCUUGUAGGAGAACCAACAAUGAAAGGGGAAAGCUGCUUUUACAGAGCCCCAGGGUAGCCCUUUGAGUCUCUCUUACAAGAACUUCUGGAAGUACAGACAGAACUCUGUACUUUUAUCAAGGAUAUGUUCUGAGAGUCCUCGGCGCUCAAGCAGUGGCCACCCAGCAGUGGUGCCGGGCAAGUUGCUGUGGUGUUAGAAAGGCUCCAAAUGGGUGCUCCAUAAAUGCAUGUGUUAACAGGGAGAUGACGUCACUACCCCACUUCUCAGUCUUAGUUUCUUUUAUAUGUUUGGUAUCAAAAGUGAGCGUGUUGACGGAUAGAUUCCAUUUUUUCCCUCUUAAAGCUGAAAGGCUACUUUCCAGGGCUGCUUACAGCUACUGCUGGCCUCAGCAGGCCCCAGCAAGGUGAAAGGUUCUUGUUCCCCCAGAGGACUGACACAUUAUGAUGGCUUCAUUUGAUUAAAAGGGGAUGUUGAUCAUUAGUUAUGACCAACUUUCUUUCUUUUUUUUUUUUUGGCAAUCAUUCAAAGUGUUCCCAGAUGCCCAUGAGGCUGUUGUUACCUGCAAAUAAAACAUAUCUUUAUAACAAGGACAUUAAUGUUAAUGAAUAAUAUCAAAAUGUGCCAUGUGCCUUUCCCAGGCCUUUUUUUUUUUUUUUUUUUGCAUUUUGAUGGAUUGAAUGAUGGAAGGGAAACAUAUGCUUUCCAGAUUGAACCCAAAGAGCUCACUAAUUCAGAGUCCAUGCUCCUUCAAGCUGAAGCCAAGCAGAGAAUAAAUUGCAUAGCAUUUGUCAUUCACUUGGGAUUAAUUAUUGAGUUUUAGAGGUAAGUAGCUGCACCAGUGAAGGUUACCAGUUUGUUCUUUAACAUCUAGUUAGAGCAUUGAAGGACCGAGGAGGAGGGGGGAGCUGGCCAAACACAAAUAACUUGGAUAUUUCUGUCCAAAGUAAACUGGGUGGCAAUGAAGGAGGUCAAAUAUUCAGCUCACAAAAUCGUAAGCGUGUAUAAAAUCACCUUUUGUUGGUGAUUAGUUCAAUUGCAUAAAGAAUGGGUACUCCCUUCAGGUUAACAUUAAAGAGUAUAGACAGAACAACAGGAAAAGUCUUUUUUUUAUUUUUUAUUUUUAUAGUUAGUGCCAUAGGUGACCCGGAGUUGGUACAGGCUUGGGAGAACUGAAUAUUGUUCCCUGAAGGACUCCUGUCAGCCUUGAGCUUUGGACUUCUGAGAAAGGAAUCUUCCAUCUGUCAGACAAGACAGGGUUAGGACACUGGUCCCCAGGGUCCCCUUUGAUUAUGUGAUGAUGUUUAAAGGAAAUUAGCUGCUGACUGCGAUAGGGAAAGAGCUGGAUCUGAGUUUGAAAACUAGGCAGUUUUUUGUUUCAUUAAACACACAUCUUAGCAGGAAGUUGAAAACAUAAGGUCAAGAGAGAAGGGUUGUGCCAGGGGUGACGGUGAAAAGGUGAUGGAUUAAAAUAUAGUCUGAUUUAGCUAUUUUUGAGAUGAAAUGAGGCACUUGAAAAAUGAGUUAAUUAAUCAUCGUGUCUUAGCUAUUCAAAGAGCAUUUCCAGUGAUCUGAAAGGUAGCUUUCCACAUUUAUGUUGUCACAAGCUGCAAAACGCUAUGACCCUUCAGUUAUAUUUGUUCCCUCAGCAGUAUUACAAUAGAAACAGGUGAGGUCAACUGAGACAUUGUGAAGGGCAGCAAGCUUUCAAAUGAUAUUUUUGUUGCUGUGUCUGCUUUAGCAUUUUGGCUUGAAGAACACUUUGGAAGUGACUCCCUGGACUUUUCAAUGUGCUGUGUGUGAUUUUCCCCCACAGAGCAGGAUUCAUGUGCCUAAGGUAGAUUUUCUGGGAGGGACACUAAGCUGGAACCACUGCUUCAGGUGUGUACCAAGGACUUUCUAAAUCCUAUGGGAAUAAUAGGGAUUGAAGCCAGUCAUGAGUCCCUCACACAGCUUCAGACCAAAUGUGCAGUGGGGAAGUUUGGCCCAUGGAGCCAGUCUUAACCUAAUCCCACACAACUCCCUGAACUGCUUAAAAUACAGAUGCGAGGGUUUCAGCACCAAGUGAUCUAUGCUUUGUGCUACAUAUUUAACUCAAUGCCCUCCCCCGCUGCCUUUUUUCUUUCCCUGUGGCUUGACGCUCUUGGCAGUUACCUUGUGGCUGCCUCUCCAAAGCCAGCUCUACUCUGUUAAUAAUAUUGAAGCCAAAAAGACCAACAUUUGCAGUUCAGGCAUCAACCAUUGCUUGGCUUUGGUGGUACCUUGUGAUCAUGUGUACUUGUGAAGGAAAGACUUUUGUUCUGCUUCAUGCACAGGAAAUGGUGCACUGUGUAGUUUGGCAUGUCUCUAGUGAGCAGUGUUACAAGAAGCUGUUAAACACCACAUUCAUUAAACACUGCUGUUCCUUUAAUCUUGAGUUUUGCAUUCACACCUUCGUCUGACUUGUUCUGCCAACUAGUAGUGAAAAUGGCUCAUCAUAAUAACCAGCUUCUCUGCUUCUCUCUUGAGCUCCAAGCCAACAUCCAUGGACAAAACUGGACAUGGGUCUAAUGGGGAAAAAGCUCCUUGGGCAGCACCUGCCUUAUGUGGUGCUCUGCCUUGUGGGGUGCCUCUUCCCUCAGGCCUGCAUCCAGGCUGCCCAGCCUCUCCUUCCUCAACCUCCUUCCCCAGUCUGGGGCACUGAGAAGAGCAGUCAAGGCCUGUGUUGCUUGUUUUUUUUUCCUCAGAUGUUAAAUGUGAUCAGUGCUCUGUCAGUAUUUUCUGCCUCAUUUCAAGAUGAACUUAACAACUUCAAGUCAACUCCAUGAAGGCUGUUUGUGUGCAUGCAAUUUCAGUAGCAUCUCCUCAAGGGAGCAUGCAUCUUUGGGAAAUAUAAAAUAAACACACACUCAUACUGCCCUGCAAAGUAAACUCCCCAAGUUGCAGUCAGAAUUUAAUUUCAAGUAUUGCUUUUUUUUUCCUCCUUUAGACAGCUGAAUUGAGCCUGCCAUCUCCACAAAAAGGGAUGCAUACAGUAGAACUGCUGAAGCCUGUAAGCUAUUUAUUUUCUAUAUAUUUUAAGUUUAAAAAAGAUUGCCUACAGGAAAUUGCAGGAGAAGUCUGCAGAAUUGUGGCCAUAUACCAAACUGUAUGAAGCUCUGUUGAUGAAAGGAUCUGGCCCAAUAACAACAACAAAAAAAGCCUUCAUCCAACCCUACCCAGGAAAAAAUAAGUAAAAUAACUCCCAUCCUGUCUUAUUCUUGCAGUUCUGCCUUCAGGUUUAAUUUUCUCUCCCUCACUAGCUGUGUUCUACAAAGCAUGAAGCUUGUAAUCACGUAUUUGUUAACCGCACAGUGAAAAUAAUCAAAUUGUCAGUUUAAUUCUGCAUGUGCCUUCUCCUGUUAGUAUUUCCUUGUAAAUAAAGAUGAGAUGAAAAAGACACUGGACAGUAAGCACUGGACACUCAUAACAACCUGUCAGAUAUGGUCUCAUUUUUCUACCCUACUUCCUACAGCACUUACUCCUAGAAAGACCUUAUGGAUGCUACCAUCACAGAUCUAUUCACAGUCUGUAGGAGUUUGGCUAGAUGCACAAGCAUCCUUAGAGAUCUCCAUCAAGUCGAUCACUGUCUCUCUUGAGGAGUGGAGAGGAGAGUAGUUUUAGGUAUCAAUCGUUGCUUUACUCCUUUCUCUUCCCCUUCCUCUGGAGUUACUUAUAAUAACUUGUAAACAAAACUACUGUAAGCCAAAUGAUCUCUCUGAACUGUUUGACCUACAAAGGGAUCUGCAGUUUGGCUGCUACAGAGAGAGAAAAACACUUUCUUUGCCUGUUUUAGUAACACACUAGGGAGGAAAACUGAUACACUGACUUUUAGUUGUGUUUACAGAGUUGAUGUCUUUAGGGGCAUAUUUAAAUUCUGUGUGUGACCAAGGGGUACAACACUAGUAAUGAGUUCUUCCAAUGGAGAGGACGCCAGAGUAGUUUUGAUAAGGUUCUGAGCACCCGAGUUCUGAUUAUAAGCUCAAGGACCAACCUUUUUUCACUACUACCUCUCUACACUGAUAACAUUAACUGAAGCCAAAUACACUGCCUCCAUUUCUUAUCAAUGAACAUAAUAUUGGAAUAUAGCAUAUGGUGCUGAGUCUUUCUCAUAACAUUAUGUGGGUCUGUAACAGAAUAAAUCAAAUUUUUGGAGUUGAAUUAUUCUUCUGAGCCAUGCAUGCACUGUUGGUUCAGCCAGGCUCAUUCUGGGGAAGAAUGUGCUGGCUUCUAUGCAACUGCGUCAACCAGGGCAGGGGUGGCUUCUCCUGCCUCUGCUGAGGUGAGGUAGCAGUGCCCAUGCAAUAAGCUGCACUAACUCAGGUGAGGAGCUGCAUCCGUUAAGUUUCCAAACCUUGUCACUCACCAGAAAAAAAGCAGUGAAGAUUUAGGCAUUUGGCUUUGCUAAGUGGAAAUUCUUUGAUAAUAAUCUUUUUCUUGAGGAACAUUCAGCAGAGAAAUGUAUAGCAGACAUGAGUGAAAGGCUGUAAGUUAGGAGAUAUAUUAGUAAUUGUUACAGAUGAAGUUUAAAGAGUUGUCAGGGAGAAGCAAACUUGCUUCCAAUAGCAAGCUUACAGGUCAUUUAAAAUAUUUCAUAGUUAUUUUAGGCUUCAGAUGCAAAGAUAAAUCUUUUCAUUUCUUUUUUUUCUUUUUUUUCUUUUUUUAGGAGUAAAUUUAGUGUAUCAUUUUCUGCAGUAAAAUUUACUCUCUCAAAAGAGAUGUACCUUGUGAUUGGCAGCCUGUAUGACUGUUCGUUAGGGAGCUGCCUGCCAUUAGUCAACAGAUGAAAGGUGUGGAAGCUGCUUCUCCAGGGAGAUAAAACUCUGUUCCCUCUCACACAGAGCAGAGGUAGAAGUGGGAAAUCAUGACAGAGAGGCUGUGAAGGAGCUCAAAUCUGUUCACAUCUAGUUAAGAAAGAUUUCAUCUCUUUGUCUGUUUAUGGAUUUGCCUGAGCUUUUUGUAAUGAAUUUCUCACUGGAUUCCUUGUUUAUGUAUUUUAGAAGCCUGUAUUCCUGGAGAACCUAAUUUCUGAAAACUGUGCUUUCACACAACUUCCAUCUUGAGUGUAUCCAGACAUGGAAUAAAUAAAAAGAUGUUAACUACAG